CUUCUUGAAUCUAUCAUAUAAAGUACAUGAACCAGUCAAAAACAGGAUUAAGCUGCAGAGUUCAGUAUUGAACAUGUAAAUUAUUUAGAAACCCGCACUUUGCUUUCUGUUCAUACGUCACACACACAUGACUCUAGAAGUUUGACUUUGGUGUUUCGGUGUGUCCAAAUGACAAGCAUGAGUUGUUGCAUCAGAUACGAUUUUACAGGAACUAUUGCUUGUGCACAGAGAGGUCUGGUGUAAGACAGACGUCUUUUUGACGAACAUAUAAGAGUUUCAAAGACAAGCCAAAUAAAAGGUACUUGUGAACUGAGCUCAAAAUGACAGUUCCUGUAAAACUCCUCGGCUUCAGCUUGUGGAUGCUUUCCUUAAAUUUUGCCCGAUGUCAAGAAUGUCUUCAAAAGGACAUCAAAUAUGAAAACACAGAAGCAGUUGCGAAAGCUUCAUACGCUGAUGGUGAAACAGUGAAAGUGAACUGCAUGACAGGUUAUACUGGCUUGUAUAAAUUAAAGUGUGAAAAGGGAAAAUGGAAGAAAUCCACUGAGCGACCAUGUGCAAAGAAAAAAUGUAGUCAUCCAGGUGACACACCAAACGGUGAUUUUAAACUCUUGGAGGGAACGGAAUUUGUUUUUGGAGCAACAGUGGUGUAUACUUGCAAAAAAGGGUAUGAAAUGGCCAGCAGAAGCAAUCAGCGUACCUGCAGAGCUCAAGGAUGGGACAAUGCUGUUCCUGUCUGUGAGGUUGUGAAAUGUCCAGCCAUUCGCACAGACGGGGAUGUAACUGCAUCAGGCAAAACAGAGGAUGGGAGUUAUGGUGAUACUAUUCACUUUGAGUGUGUAUCUUCUGAUAAAAUAAUAGACGGAAGUAGUGACAUUCAGUGUGAAGAGACGGGCAAAUGGAGCGACAUUGUUCCAAAGUGCAAAGAAAUAACAUGCAUAGCGCCUGUCAUAUCAAACGGAAAUGUUGUUGAGCCAAAGCCAAAAUACCAGAAAGAUGCUAUAUUAAAAUACAAAUGCAAUAAAGGGUUCAAGGAGAGCGAGGAUAUCCCCAGAUGUGCCAAAUUUGGCUGGACUCUGAACCCUGAAUGUCAUGAAAUAACUUGUGAGCUGAAGUCAACCACUUUUGGGGUGCAAGAGAUCAAACCGAAAGAAAAAACUAUUUUCAGAGCUGGAGAAAGUGUGGAGAUCACCUGCUCUGAAAAACACUGGCUGUUUGGUACAAAAGAAAGCAACAGAUCUUUUACAUGCCAAAGUAAUGGGAAGUGGGACUAUGAGCCUGUUUGUGAAGAGAUUACAUGUGACGAUCCACUUGGCCAGCAUGUGUCUGGACCAUACUGGGGAAAGCUGAAACUGGGAGUAACACAGUCUUUCAGCUGUGAGUCUGGAUAUCGUGAAAUGGGAAAAGUGGCCACAUGUACCCGAGAUGGAUGGAUACCAAAACCACUGUGUACUGGGCCCUGUAUAGUGACGGUCGAGGAAAUGGAUAAAAGAGGUAUAGAGCAGCGGUGGAAGCCAAAUUGAACAAUAAUCUCACCACAAAAUGAUUACAUCGAAUUUGCAUGCCAGGGGGGCAAACAAUUAAGAAGGAAUAUCCCCCUAAGACAACAGUGUAAUGAUGGAGUGAUGGCUUUGCCUGAGUGUGUGUGACAGUGGAAAUAAAGCAUAGAUGAAGCAUAAUCAGUACUACUUAGAAAAAACAGCAGAGCAGAUAAAAAUAAAAAAUAAAAAAUUCCCA